AUGCAAGGUGAAUGGAAAGGAUUACGAGCAUUAUUUUUUAAAAAGUGCCCAUUUGCUUAUUACAUUCAUUGUUUUGCUCGUCGACUACAACUAAUAUUGGUAGCAGCAUGCAAAAAUGUUAUCCCUAUUGAGCAUUUUUUCUCCCAUUUGGCUCUUAAUAUUAAUGUUGUUGAUUCCUUUGCAAAAAGAAAGGAUCAUUUGCAAAUUGCUGGCACAAUUGAGAUUGUAGAGUUGGUUUCUACUGAUGAGCUUGAAAUUGGAAAAGGCAAAAAUCAAGUUGGCUCAUUAAAAAGGGCAGGUGAUACACAAUGGGGCUCUCAUGUAAGGUCUCUUCGUAGCUUACUUGAUUUGUGGAAUCUGACUCUCAAAGUUCUAAGUGAAAUAAUAAAUGAAGAGAUUUUGGAAAAGGCAGAUAAUUUAUGCGGACUUCUUCAGCAUAAAUCACAAGACAUUGUUAAUGCAAUGAAUUUAGCAACUACAACAAAGAAAGUUAUUCAAAACUUUAGAGAUAAUGGGUAUGAUGUUUUGUUUCAAGAAGUCGAGUAUUUUUGUGAGAAACAUGAGAUAGAAAUUCUUGAUAUGAAUGGUCCUCAUCAAUCAAGUAGAGGCCGAGUACUAAAAGGUCAGCAAAUUCUGAUGAUGCAUCAUUAUAGGAUUGAUUUAUUCAUUGGUAUUAUAGAUUUAGGGCUACAGGAGAUGAAUAGUAGAAUUACUGAAGAUAUAAUGGAGUUGCUUGUUCUUAGCUCAUCUUUGGAUCCUAAAUAUGGAUUUAAAUUAUUCAAGAUUGAUGACAUCUGCAAGCUUGUGCAAAAGUUCAAUCCUUAUGACUUCACUCAUCCAGAAAAACUGCAUAUAUAUGAAAUAUGA